GCAAUCGCACAUAUGGUUCUGGAUACAGCUGCCUGAUGAGAAGUAGAAAAUGCUACCCGCUCUCCCUACUUCUUCCUCUGUUCAUUCCAAUGCUCAAAAUCUCGUCUUUAACUUCAAUUCUCCAUGGGAGCUUAAACAAGUUCAUGCCUACCUCAUCAAAACCAACACGCCUCUAUCCUUCCUCCCUCUUUCUCGAGUUGCAUCAAUUUGUGCUCUCUCUACUAGUUUUUCUUAUGCACAUCAAAUCUUUGUCCAGAUCCAGAAAUCCCCAAUUGUUCUAUGGAACUCUUGCUUGAAAUCGCUAGCAGAGGGUGACUUCCCAUUUGAUGCAAUCUUGUUCUUCUAUCAGCUGCGUCAAUUUGACAUAAAGCCGGAUACUUUCACAUGUUCUUUUGUCCUUAAGGCCUGCGCCGCUAUUUUGGACGUGAGGAAUGGAAGGAUUGUACAUGGGUAUGUGGAGAAACAUGGGUUUGGAUGGAAUUUGGUUGUGCAAAAUUCCAUCUUGAAUUUGUAUGCAUUGUGUGGAGAAAUGGGUGUGGCUCGGUUGUUGUUUGAUAAAAUGCCGCACAGAGAUAUUGUGAGUUGGAAUAUAAUGAUUGCCCAGUUACUGAAGAUGGGAGAUGUCGAGGAGGCGUAUGGACUGUUCCGUAGGAUGCCAGAAAGAAGUGUGAGGUCCUGGACAAUGAUGAUUUCGGGAUUUGUUCAGUGUGGGAAGCCGAAGGAGAGUAUCAAGCUGUUUAUGGAGAUGGAGGGGGUUGGAGUUCAGGCAAAUGAGGUAACUGUGGUCGCUGUUUUGGCAGCUUGUGCUGAUCUGUGUACACUUGAGUUGGGGAGGAGGGUUCAUGAAUACGCGAAAAGAAGUGGAUUUGGGAAAAAUAUUAAAGUUUCAAAUACUUUGAUUGACAUGUAUGUGAAAUGUGGUUGCUUGGACGAUGCUAAGCAGGUUUUUGAUGAUAUGGAAGAACGAACUGUUGUAUCGUGGUCAGCCAUGAUUGUAGGACUUGCAAUGCAUGGAAAAGCGAAGGAAGCUCUAAAGCUUUUCUCAAAGAUGGUCCGAAUAGGGAUGAAGCCUAAUGGGGUAACCUUCAUUGGAAUCUUGCACGCGUGUAGCCAUAUGAGAUUGAUCGAUAAGGGCCAUGAAUUUUUCACCAGCAUGACUAGAGACUAUGGAAUCAUUCCCCAAAUAGAACAUUAUGGUUGCAUGGUGGAUCUUCUAAGUAGGGCCGGACUCCUUCAAGAUGCCCUCAAUUUUAUCACGAAGAUGUCAAUAAAACCAAACGCAGUUGUAUGGGGAGCUCUUCUUGGAGGAUGCAAGGUUCACAAAAAUGUUGAACUUGCUGAAGAAGCUACUAUACACCUUGCUGAAUUGGAUCCUCUUAAUGAUGGAUAUUAUGUUGUUUUGUCAAACAUAUAUGCAGAAGCAGGAAGAUGGGAAGAUGCAGCAAGAGUAAGGAAACUGAUGAAAAAUCGAGGGGUGAAGAAGACUCCUGGAUGCAGUUCAAUUGCAGUUGAUGGGGUGGUUCAUGAGUUUGUUGCUGGACAGGAUAACCAUCCUCAGGCUAAGGAAAUAUCUCAAAUGUGGGAAAAACUAUUGGGAGAAAUGAAGCUAAGAGGAUACCUGCCAGACACAUCAGUAGUCUUGUUGGAUAUUGAAGAGAAAGAAAAGGAAAAAUUUCUACAUCGCCAUAGUGAGAGAUUAGCCCUGUGUUUUGGGCUACUAAACACACGUGAUGGAGAGGUGAUUAGGAUAAUGAAGAAUCUUCGGGUUUGUGAAGACUGUCACGUUGCUUUCAAGUUUAUCUCGGAAAUUAUUGAUAGGGAGAUAAUUGUGCGUGACCGGAACAGGUUUCAUUGUUUCAAAGAUGGUUCUUGCUCUUGCCUGGAUUACUGGUAGUGAGUCUAGUCUUGUUCUGUUAAUUCUUUUACUUUGAGAACAUGGGCUUGACUGUAACUAGACAGCAUGCCAAUUCACCCUUAAAUGUAAGCUAAGCCUAGGCGAUUAACAGAGGUUUUGUUUGUUUCCUCGGACAAUAAAAAUUCUAGCAGAAA